AUGCCACCCUCGCUAUGCGCGCUGUGCCAGCGCAACCGCGCGCUGAUUUUGCGACCCAAGAAUCACCAGAAAUUAUGCAAGCUCUGCUUUCUUGAGCUUUUUGAGACCGAAAUCCACCAUACGAUCACGUCGACAAACCUCUUCCAGCGCGGCGAAAAGGUUGCGAUAGGCGCAUCCGGUGGCAAAGACAGCACCGUCCUCGCCAGCGUCCUGAAGACCUUGAACGAACGGUACGACUACGGCGUCGAGCUGUUACUGCUCAGCAUCGAUGAGGGCAUCAAGGGCUAUCGCGAUGACAGCCUGGAGACUGUCAAGCGCAAUGCCGUGCAGUAUGAUAUGCCACUGACGAUCGUCGGGUAUGAUGAGUUAUAUGGCUGGACAAUGGACCAGGUUGUCGAGCAGGUUGGUAAGAAGGGGAACUGCACAUACUGUGGCGUUUUCAGGCGCCAGGCUCUGGAUCGAGGUGCUGCGCGCUUGGGCGUUAGGCAUGUGGUUACGGGCCACAACGCAGACGAUGUCGCAGAAACUGUACUCAUGAAUUUGCUUCGUGGCGACCUCCCACGUCUUUCUCGUACAACCUCGAUCGUGACCUCCACUCCCUCUGCCGCGCCUCCUCUGCCUGGUCCAGAUGGCACAGUCGCCCUCGAUCAUACCAACAUCAAGCGCAGUAAGCCGCUUAAAUAUGCAUACGAGAAGGAGAUAGUGCUGUACGCGCACCACAAAAACCUCGAUUACUUCAGCACGGAGUGCAUCUAUUCCCCCGAGGCUUUCCGUGGCAGCGCUCGCGCACUCAUUAAGAACCUCGAGCGUGUUCGGCCGAGCGCAAUCCUCGAUGUCGUCAGAAGCGGGGAAGAUAUGGCGAAGCUGGUUCCGGGAGGAGAUAACGACAAAGUAUGUGGCGGGAAGGGAUGUGGCUCUGCCGCAGCAGCGCUCCCCGAUGAUGACGAGAGUGGCUGUGGCAGUGCUCAGGGACGUAGCACUGGGGGUGAAAUGGCGACGAUGGAGCGCGCACUCGUGCAGAAUGAUGUUGCAGCCGCCGUCGGACUAGAGACAGAGGUCACGCUGGCCACCGUGGGAACCCUUUCCAAGAACAAGCAUAAACAGUCGAAACCUCGGGCCAAUGGAAGCAUCUCGGACAGACAAGCGCCGAAGAAAGCACCGAGACAACAGACGAUGGGUAAAUGUGCCAGGUGUGGUUACAUCUCGAGCCAGGCAGUUUGCAAGGCCUGUACUUUGCUUGAAGGCCUGAAUAAAAACAGACCGAAGACUGCCAUCGGAGUCAACGCGGGGACCAACAAUGAAGAGCCUCUUCAAAAAGCCGUAGGAAACAUUUCGAUCAGCGCCGACGACCGCUUCCCUCUUUCCUCUUCAAACCCUCAACCACCAAAACCGAUCCAACACAUCACCUCAGCUCCUGCACCGCAACCUGCGUCGCCCGCUCUUGCCUUCCGACUACCCUCGGUGUCGCGCAGGCUCUGGCUUGCGCAAACCUGCACCAUGAGGCUCAACUACAAGAACCGAAAGUCGGAUGGCCCUAAGCUGGGUCACAUUGUCGCCAAAGACUUGCGAAAGCAAACCAAGCAUUGUUUCGCGAAAGCCGAGCCAAGGCCAGAACCUUCACCCCUUCUGCUCGAUCUUGAUGGCAAGAACCUCACCGACGAAGGGCUCUUGGCCAUGGUAGAAGGCCUCAAGGAAACCUUGGACACCCGCGAGGGGGUUUGUGCCAACAAGCUUGAGGAGCUCCAUCUCAAAGGAAAUCAGCUCACUACCACCUCUCUGUGUGCACUCGCUCCCAUCAUCAAGCUCGCCCGCUUUGAGCUUGUCGACGUCGAUCUCUCAGGCAAUCUUAUUAGCGUCAAGACUGACAAGGAAGCUGGCGACUGGGAAACCUUCCUGAAGGCUUUCGGUACAUGCCGCGUGCUGAGGCGCAUCGAUCUUAGCGGUAACAAACUCGAUGGACCACGUCCUUUUGAGAUACUCGACAGAAUCUACUCACAGCAGCCUCCUGUUGAUCCUACGCAGCUCGAGGACGCCAUGGACUGCAGCAAUGGCCACGAGUCCGGGAUGAAAUCCAACAACGACAUGACGGAGCUCACCAAUCGCACCCGGGACUUCAGCAUCGUAUCGCCUACGGACGAUCCACCGCUGGCUAAUGACAGCAUGUCUUCCGGAACCGUACUCAAGCGUCGUGAAGGCCUCCGCGCGAUUCCAUACAUCAUCCUCAACGACACCGCCAUGACGGAUGCUGGUGCACUGUUCUUCUCUUACAUCCUUCAAAGGCACUUCUACCCCCAGCAGCUAAUGUGCUCUUUGAGGCCCGGACCUCAGGCUGCUCAGCUCGACGAGUAUGCCCAGAGGAAUCACUGUUGGGGCUUGAUCUACCUUCCGAAUGAGGGCCUGACGGACACUGGACUCCAUUUGUUGAACAAAGCAGAGGAUUCGCGCUCAGCCUUUACGGGCAUUAUAGAUGACCAUGGGCUCUCUGACUCGAUUGGCUCUUUCGUGAUGGUUGAUGCCAAGCAGGCAAAUUCAGGUCUGAGGAGAGCUUCCAAUGCUUCAUCUCUUCGGAGGCGCUCGGAUGCUGCUGCAGAGCCUGGCAGGAAGCACGCUAUGGCUCUGGACAUUGAGAACUAUCGGAAGAAAAUCCAGCGCAAUAUCCUGGAGGAGCUGGGCUACGAUAGCAUUGACCUUUGGCGUUGUGCUGUGAAGAUGCUCACCUACGCCAAGGUCAUCAUGCUGGGCCAUGAACUAGGGGAGGAUUCCCCGUUACCCGUGGUUGACAGGGCGGACCCGAUCAUGCAGAUGAUGCAGAAGCACGUCUUCGCUUGCCACAUGACGGCCACACCCUCGGCUCAUGGAGAUACUGUCUUUGCAGUCACCGCGACUAGACCCGGAUUCACUCGGCUCGACGUGGAUGCAUGGCCCAGUCUCCCUACUGCUGGUGGCGAGUCUGCACCCCAGAGAACGACAAUCCCCGUCGCUAUUCGGGAAGAAGAUGGCCCCGAACGCAACUCAGGUCUACCGGGAGAGAUACCCGAACAUGUGUGGAGAGACAUUCUUGUCCAAGCAGCUGGCGGGCAUGGAAUCCUGUCGAACGCACAACAGAGCGCCAUCGUCCAUUAUGCUCGGGACAGGACUACCGUCGUGCUAGAGAAGGGCGAGCUCGGUAAGCCAAAGCCAUUCAAGCUCUGGUGGAUUCUGGAGCGCAUGAGCUGCUUGGAGUACGAAAUCAAGGACUGA